AUGACUGGUCGUGGUAAAGGAGGAAAAGGUUUGGGAAAAGGAGGAGCCAAGCGUCAUCGUAAAGUGUUACGUGAUAACAUCCAAGGUAUCACAAAACCCGCGAUCCGUCGUCUCGCUCGUCGUGGCGGAGUAAAGCGCAUUUCUGGUUUGAUAUAUGAAGAAACUCGUGGUGUUCUAAAGGUCUUCCUUGAAAACGUCAUUCGUGACGCUGUCACUUACACAGAACACGCCAAGAGAAAGACUGUCACUGCCAUGGAUGUCGUUUAUGCUCUCAAGCGUCAAGGCCGCACUCUCUACGGCUUCGGCGGUUAA